AUGUCUUUCACAGUGUGGUACACCAAGCCUGAUGGCAGGCAAGUGCCAAUCAAAAUGUCCAUCUGGGACGCCAUGAAGGGCGUCCCCGAUCCGAAGCCGAGAAAACCAAAAACGUGUUCAUGCUGCGGCAAGGCUCACGUCAAGGACAGGGGAAAGGAGGACAGCAAGUGUGAAGGAGAGAAAGAUGCCAAAGACACGGACAACAACGGCAAAAGCGGCAAUGUUGACACAUCAUCAAAAGACAAGAAGGAUGACUCUGAUCUUACCGAGGACGACCGGAUCUUGCUACGCAUGAAAGGCGAGAAUCCGCAAGCGCAGUGGAAGGAGAUCCUCGCCGUGACCACCAACUUCAAGAACGUGGGUGAGCUCAAGGCACGCUGGAAACAUAUCAGCCACCGACCCGAAGCGGACGACAAGAAUACCUCGAGCGAAGGCAAGAAGGAAAAGGCUCCAGACAAAGAGGAGAAAGCCAAGCGGAACCGCGAGGAAGGCUUGAGGAGGAGAGCGGAAAGGGAGGCUGCCAAAGCCAAGAAGGAAGAAGAGGAAAAGAAGGCAGAGGAGCAGAAACAAGACUGCACCGAGUCUGACAAGAAGGAUGAUGAGACAAAGGCGGACGAGAAAGCGAAGAAACCUGGCUCGUCACCGCACAGUCUGAAAGCAUGGGCCGACAACUACGACAAGAAAAAAUGGCAGAUUCUGGCCUCGAAGCACUAUGACAGGACGGGAGAGCGUAUCACGGCUGCCCAAGCCCGGAAGUUGGCUGAGGAGAAGUGA